AUGACUUCAAUCCAAGAAUUGGAAAGCGAUAAGUUUCAAAAACUUACAGCAAAGAGAACUGUUUUGCGAAGGUUAACUACUCAAUUAGUCAAUCAAAUUGAGAAAAAGUUAAAACAUGUAGGUGAAAUUGAUGAAGCAGAAUUACGCGACGAUUAUGAACUUUUAAUUGCAAGGUCUAACGGAUUGACAGCGUUUGAUAGCGAAAUGUUAGAAUUUAUUGAACUCGAACAGAUAGAGAAAGAAGUAACUUUAAAUGAUGAAUACGAAGCUAAAUGCCUAAAGUUUUCUAAAAGAAUAUUGCGUUAUUUAGAAGAUAAAAAUAAAGGCAGUCGAAAUUUAAGUUCUUCAAGCAACCAAAGUACAAAUGCUAGAAUUAAUGAAAACUCUAGACAAGGAUUUGGCAAAAGAGAUAUCAUAAUUAACUCUUUUAUGAACAAAAUAAUUAACUUAGAAGAGGUUAAGAGCUCUUCCAAUGUUCAAGCGCUACGGAGAAUUCAUGACGAAAUUGAAAUCGCUUUUAGAAAUUUAGAGGCAAUGAAUGUAGAAUCUAAGUCCUUCGGAAUCUUAUUAAUGCCUAUUUUGCAAAAAAAGCUACCUCAUGAUUUAAUACUGCAAUUCAAUAAGCAGAGAGAGGACGGUGAUAUUGAAAUUUCUGAAUUCAUUUCAUUUUUAAAGAAAGAAGUGGAAUGUCGGGAAAUUACUUUAGCAGCAUGUAAUGAAAAUAAAGCUUCGACAAUUUCUAAAGGUUAUAGUAAUCAAAAGAAUGUUAGUAAAAGUUACGAUAGAGAUAUUGCUACAGCCAGUGCAUUGAAUACUUCCGUAAAUCAAAUAUGCAUCUUCUGCCAAAAUGCACAUAGUUCCUACAAGUGUAACAUUCGUGCAACGGAAAAAAUAAAACAGCUUAAAACGAAUAACAGAUGUUUUAAAUGUUUUAAGAAAUUUCACUUGAGUAGGGUUUGUAAUGAUAAAAGUGUUUGUUUCAAAUGUAAUGGGAAAAAUCAUCAUGAAUCGAUUUGUUUCAGAAACAGUGACGAACGUUCUAACUCAAGUAAAUCUUUAGAGCAACUUAAAACUUCGGAAAAUACGUUAGACGCUUCUAAUUCAAAUAAUGAAUCUGUAGUUCCUAACGUAAAUGCAAACGCUUUUGUUUCUCAGAACUAUAAUAAUGCUUUGAGCGCGAAAAAUGUAUUGCUACAAACGUGUACUGUAGUAAUUUGUACAGAAUCAGACUCUGAAACUACGCGUGCAAUUUUGGACCAAGGUAGUGAACGUUCUUUCAUAAAAGACACUUUGGUUAAAUCUUUGAAUUUGAAACCCAUACGCACUGAGAAACUAUCAGUUUUCGCAUUCGGAGCGGAAAAACCCAUUGUUAAAAAUUAUCCUGUGGUAGUAAUUGAACUUUGCGACAUUGAGUUGAAAAACAAAAUAAGAUUAGAAUGUUUGGUAACCGACACAAUUUCCUCAUGUCCUGUGAAGGGUCCAAGUUUACGCUCACUCGAAAAAAUGCAGUGCUUGGGACUAAAGCCGGCCGAUAUUGUAGAUAAUGUCUCCGAUUUACGACAUUUGGGGGUAUUAAUUGGGGCCGACAAAUUUUGGGAUGUAGUGUUGACAGCGAGAAAACGCAUAAAUAGAGAUCUUCAGGCCGUUAACUCUAUAUUUGGGUGGUUUUUAGUGGGUUUAGACAGAAAUACGUUUAGGCAAGUCAACUUUUCGAAGCAUUCAAAUGUAUCGGUAGGAAAUGCAAUUGUUUUAAAUGAUUUAAGAAUAUUUUGGGAAUUGGAUUCUAUGGGGUUAAUUGAAGAAUCUAGUAAAUAUUCCAAAAAAGAUGAAGAUUUAAUUCAUCACUUCGAAACAGAUUUGCGAUUUGUAGACGGGAGAUACGAAUGUAAAUUACUUUGGAAAACCACAACUGACGGUCUCGAAAACAAUUUCGAGGUAACUAAAAGACGCUUUGAAACUUUAAAACAAAAACUGGAUAAAACUCCAGGAAUAUUAGCGAAGUAUAAGGAAAUAAUAGAACAGCAGUUAAACGAAAAUAUAGUUGAGAAAUGCGCUAAUGAAAUCAAAGAUAAAGAUUAUUAUAUGCCCCACAGAGCAGUCAUUCGUAAUAGCGAAACGACGAAUGUUCGUAUCGUAUUUGAUGCAUCUUCUAAAUCUGAAAAUUGUAAAUCCUUAAAUGAUUGUUUAGAAAUUUAUCCUAACUUGAAUCCGUCCGUUCUUGAUAUUAUUCUUAGGUUUCGGGAGCAUGAAAUAGCAUUUAGUGGAGACCUAGAAAAGGCGUUUUUGAUGAUUGGGAUAGCUAAACAAGAUCGGGAUUUUUUGAGAUUUCUCUGGUUUGGGGAAUCAAACGAACAGUUCAAAAGUUUGCGUAUGUGCCGCACGCCGUUCGGUACCAGUAUUAGCCCAUUUAUACUAGCCGCUACUAUUAAAUAUCAUAUUAAAAAAUAUAAAAUUAAAAACCCUGAUGUAUUUGAAAUGCGUAAUUCAUCAAUUUAUGUAGAUGAUUUGUUUUAUGGUGCUAAAACGGUGGAAGAUGCAUACAAAUUGUCUGUAGAUGCAGUAAAUAUUUUCCGUGACGCGAUAAUGAAUUUGAGAAAAUUGAAAUCGAAUUCAAAUGAACUUAAUGCUUUGUGGCUCAGGGAUAAUAUUAAACAGGACGAAAAUUUGAGUAAAAAAUCAAAAAUUUUAGGCAUGAAUUGGAAUCCCAUUAAUGAUUCUAUCAAUUUAGAGCUAACUGCUGUAAUUGAAUCUGUGAAAAGCAAACUAAACGACACAAAAAGGACAGUUUUAAGAACUGUAGCUAAAAUAUUCGAUCCAGUGGGAUUUCUUCAACCUUUUACUGUGCGGAUGAAAAUAUUGUUACAAGAUCUUUGGCUGUUAGGUCUAAACUGGGAUGAAAGCCUUCCUAGUGCAUUAAAAGGAAGGUGGAAUAAUUGGUGCUCAGAACUUGACUUCUUAAAAAAUCUGACUUUCCCAAGGAAAUUCUUCAGUGAGUCUGAUUACACGAAACUGAGCAUUCACAUUUUUUGCGACGCCUCUCCUAGAGCGUUUGGAGCGGUUGCUUAUUUUAGAUACUCUAAUAGUUACGGGGAGAUUAAAACUUCCUUCAUAAUGGCCAAGGGUAGAGUUGCACCUUUGAAAACUUUAUCUUUGCCAAGAUGUGAGCUAAUGGGAGCUCUUAUAGGUGCUCGAUUAGCGAAAUAUUUAAAAGGCAUUUUUCCGAACUUAACCGAAAAUCUGUAUUGUUGGAGCGAUUCAACAAUUGUACUACACUGGCUAAGAAGAUCACCAAAUGAGUGGAAGCCCUUUGUUAGCAAUCGCGUAGCAGAAAUUCAGGCAAUUUGCAGUCCAAAUCAGUUUUUCUACUGCGAUUCCAGAAAUAAUCCAGCAGAUAUGUUAACAAGAGGAGAACAAGCUGAAACAAUGGCUUCUAGUCCACUGUGGCGAAAUGGACCUAGUUGGCUUACCGAAUCCGAAGAGUUAUGGCCAAAGAAAAUAGCAAAGUUCAACGAGGGAGAAAUGUCCAUUGAAAGCAGAAAAUCGCGAAACGUCCUACAAAUUUCCGCUAAUAGUGAACCCAAGCAAUCUGAUAGUUCACUAUUUGAUUUAGAUGAAUUCGGCACUUUGAAGAAAGUGUAUCGUAUUACCGCAUGGAUAAUGAGAUUCAUCAAUAACUGCAAACCAAAAUCUGAGAAGUUGUGUGGACCAAUUGCAGCAGAAGAAAUUAUGACUGCAGAAAUAUUUUGGAGUAAAACCACGCAAAUGGAACACUUCAAAAAGGAAAUUGAAACCCUAUCCGAUGGAAAGAAUAUCGACAAAAAUUCCAGCCUAUAUUUGUUGCAUCCUGAAAUUGAUGAGAAUGGUCUUCUGCGUUUAAAGGGGCGAAUACAGUUUGCAGAUUGUCAAGAAUCAGCAAAGCACCCAUUGAUAUUGCCAUCAAAGUGCAGAUACGUGGAACUUUUAAUAAUGGAUGCACACGAAAGAGUAUUUCAUUCUGGAGUAGAUGCCACACUAACACAUCUCCGUGAAAAGUUCUGGAUCAUUAAAGCACGACAAAGAGUUAAAACGGUUCUUCACAAGUGUUUGAUUUGUAAAAGAUUCAACGCGCGUCCAGGGGCUCAGGUUGUAGCUCCACUUCCUGCAGAUAGAAUAAUUGAGUCACCACCCUUUGCAGUAACUGGACUCGAUUACGCAGGACCCUUUUAUUGCAGAGAAAAUAAUGAAAAACAUUAUUUGCUUUUAUUUACGUGUGCAGUUACGCGCGCGAUCCACUUAGAACUGGUACCUUCCAUGAACACUGAAUCAUUUUUACUGGCCUUCCGGCGGUUUAUAUCUCGACGAGGACUGUGUAAUACAAUUUAUUCUGACAAUGCAAAGUCAUUUAAACGAGCAGAUAUUGAGUUGAAAAAAGUAUUUAAAUGCAUUGGUCAUCCUUCUGUUCAAGAUUUAUUUUCACAUUACAAUAUAAAUUGGAAAUAUAUUGUAGAAAGAGCUGCAUGGUGGGGAGAAUUCUGGGAGAGAAUGGUAAGAACAAUUAAAACAAGCUUAAGAAAAAUUGUUGGGCGCUCAUCGCUCUCUCUCAAUGAACUUGAAACGGUGUUUAUUGAGAUUGAAGCAAUAAUUAAUUCUCGACCCAUUACUUACGUAUAUGAUGAUCCCUCAGAACCCUCUCCCCUCACUCCUGCACAUUUUUUAGUAGGUAAGCGAUUGUUAUCCCUCCCUCCAACGAGAAUUUCAAAGGAUAAUUUAUUAGGAUCUAGAAAAUCCACAGUUAAAAAAUUUAAACAUCAGCAAAAUGUGUUAAAUCAUUUUUGGAAUCGCUGGCGAAAAAAUUAUCUAUUAAUGUUAAGAUCUGCUCAUGUGUGUCAGCAAACUUCAAAAAAUAAGGAAUUUAAGCCUAAUGAUGUUGUUUUAAUCGAAGAUGAUCGUUACCCAAGAAAUAUGUGGUCUUUAGGGAAAAUUACUGAUUUCAUGGCAGGGAUAACAAAGUGCGUUCUUGUUCGAUCAAAACUAAGACAGGAAUUAUAA